AGAUAAUCCACCGGCUGGAUUGCGCUUUCAUUGCGCCGACCAUUGAUCACUGUGAUCGUAUCAUCUUCGCUCCAGCACACAACCACAUACCUCUCCUCUUUUCUCUUCCUCGAUUAAUUGUUGCCGACCUACAACCCAGAUCUCUCCUCCGCCAAACCCGAAAAUACCGCCAAGAUGUCUAAGGUUAUGAGAAGUGUGAAAAAUGUUACCAAGGGCUACUCAAGCGUCCAGGUCAAAGUGCGCGAAGCAACGAGCAAUGACCCAUGGGGCCCGACCGGAACUCAGAUGAGCGAGAUCGCUCAAUUAACUUACAACUCAUCAACCGAGUUCUAUGACAUUGUCGAUAUGCUCGACAAACGUCUAAACGACAAAGGAAAGAACUGGAGACACGUCUUGAAGGCUUUGAAGGUGUUAGAUUACUGCCUACACGAAGGCUCCGAAUUAGUUGUUACUUGGGCACGCAAGAACAUCUACAUCAUCAAGACCUUGCGCGAAUUCGUCUACAUUGAUGAGGAUGGGCGGGACGUGGGCCAAAAUGUCCGAGUUGCCGCGAAAGAGUUAACAGCUCUGAUUCUGGACGAAGAAAGAUUGCGCGCCGAACGUAGCGACCGGAAGACCUGGAAGUCUCGCGUUACCGGCAUCGAAGAAUUCGGCUCAGAUGGACCAACGGUCCCACAACAGCGACGCCCGCGUCCCAGACGGCACAGCGACGAUGAAGAAGAUGCCGAAUACAGGUUAGCUAUAGAGGCCAGCAAACAACAAGAGGAAGAGGACCGACGGAAACGUGAAAGUCGUCAGGGGAACGAGACCGAUGACGAUCUAGCUAAGGCUAUCAAGCUCAGUAAAGAGGAAGAAGAGCGAAGGAGGCGAGAGUUGGAAGAGACUAAUGCCAGUUCACUCUUCGACGACGACCCUGUGCCGAGCACCGCGCCUCAGCCGACAGGCAUGAAUAUGGGAUAUCAGCAGGGGAGCAAUGUCGACUGGCUUGGAAACCCAAUCGAUCAAAACCAAAUGAUGCAGCCGCAGCCGACUGGGUAUAUGAACAACGCCUACACCGGGUACCCGCAAAAUGGCUAUUCGAACGGUUUUAACAGUGGCUUCAACCCUCAGCCGACGGGCAUGUAUGACCCCUACGCGCAACAGCAGCAAAAUACUCUCCAGCCUCCCCAACAGCAGCAAUUUCAAAUGCAGCCUCAACCUACCGGCUAUAACCCCUACGGCCAACAACCUCAAUUUCAACAGUUCCAACCUCAGCCGACAGCCUCUCCAGAGCCACCUGUCCAGCCUGGCAGCAACAACCCCUGGGCCUCUAAUAACAACCAAUCCCAGUCGGCGCUCAAGCCGAUGCCGACCGGCUCGAACAACCCCUUUGCCACUGGCUUUGGGCGACCCCAGACGGCCAAGGCUCCGCCAAUGCCUACGCUUGGUAGCUUAUCAAGCCUUCCCGAACAGAAGUCGCUUCAGACGUUUACACCUUCACCUCAACCUCAAUCUCAACUACAGCCCCAGCCUUCCUUUAACCAACCCCAGCAGCCUCAAAAGCAACUUAGCGAGCACGAACAGAGACUCAAUGCUCUUCUUGCUAGUGGUGACGGCAUGGACACGUUCGGAAACACUGGCGAGCUCCGUAUCCCUGCUCAACAUACAGCACCCGGUACAUUUGUGAACUCUGCUGGUGCUAACGCAAACAAGCUCACCGCUGAAGCUACGGGAAGCAACCCGUUCCUGCGACAGCAGUAUACCGGUAUGCCUACGAUAUCAUAUGGUCAGCAGCAGAUGCCCGCGGCCACCGGACCUGUCGGCAUGAAUGGAUAUGGCGGAGCGGCCAACCCGUUCGCCGCACGACCGCAGCAACAAAACAACAACCAGGGACAAGACCUCAUCCAAUUCUAGACUUUUCUUUUGUGAAGGCACUUACGAUGCGGACCGCGCGCUCUUCAUCUGCAUUUCGCACUGCCUGCAUUCUUCUCAGAGUUGGGUGAUACCCCAUCCUGGUCCAAAUUUACCCGUUAGCGUUCUCUAGGCUCCUCCGCUCGACGCUAUGAUGGUGGAUAGUGGACGUAGAGUCGGCUGUUAGAGGGGUCCGUAUUUGAUCAGCAAGCAAAAUCUUAAGUAUUCCGAUUUUGUAUGGUAAUUCCCUGUGCUGACUCGUGUACUGUUCUUUUUUUCGGUGGAGGGAGGCUGGGUUGGGAUGGGAUU